CACAGGAACAGGACUCAAAGGAUCCUGAAGGAUUUAACUUGUUUCUAUUGGUUCUUUGUCCACCAUCUCUUCACAGAUCAUCUGACAGUGAGAGCAGAGGAACAUGUCUGGCUCUUGCAGGAUUGUUGCAUUUAUUCCUUGACAAACAGCCUGAAGUGCUCAUGCGUUGCACUGCUAGAGCUUCCACAGCAACAUGUCUGUAAGGAGGAGGAGCUUCUCACUGACCAGGAGAGGAACCCCAGUCUGGACCAAGAGGAUCCAGAGCCUCCACAGAUUAAAGAGGAGCAGGAGGAGCUCUGCACCAGUCAGGAGGGAGAGCAGCUUGUACUGAAGCAGAUCCAUACCUUUAUGUUGACGUCUCCUUAUGAGGGAAGUGAGCACAGCGAACCAGAACCAAUCAGUGAGCAGCAGCUCCUCUCUCACAUCUCUCCUGGAGCUGAGAGCCAAGAUCAGAGAGGAAGUGAGCAUGUGGACCCAGGAUCAACUCGAGAUGAAGAGUCCCAGAGAAACAGCUCUGCCCCAACACAGAGUCACUGCAACACUCACUCAGGGAAAAAGUCUUUCAUGUGUGACACUUGUGGAAAAAUCUUUAUGACCAAGUCCAAACUGAACACACAUGUGAGAAUCCACACAGGAGAGAGGCCCUUUUCUUGUGACACUUGUGGGAAAGCUUUUCUAUGUAAGUCAAGAUUGACCCUACAUCUGAGGGUCCACACGGGCGAGAGGCCGUAUUCUUGUGACUUCUGCGGGCAAACAUUCAGUCGGAAGGUUCACUUGCAAGAGCACAUUAGUCGUCACACGGGCGAGAGACCGUUUUUCUGCAAACUAUGUGGGAAAAAUUACAAACAGAGGUCUGCCUUGAGAGUACACAUGAGAGUUCACACGGGUGAGAGACCGUUUUCAUGUGAAAUAUGUCAGAAAACCUUCUUGGUCAAAACAAACUUGCUGGUCCACAUGAGACUCCACACGGGUGAGAAGCCGUGUAUCUGCAACACGUGUGGGAGGAGUUUCAUUUAUCCAACAUCCUUAAGAAAGCACAUUAGGAUCCACACAGAUGAAAAGUUGUUAAUUCCUGAAGAUGUGGGAGAGAUUUCACGCGUUGUGGUGAACUGAAUGAACGUGACAAGAGUCCUCACUGGUGAGAAACCACAUCACUGCAACACCUGCUGGAAAAGAGAAUUAGAUGUGUCUGUUAGGAGGUUACCUGGGAUCACAUACAGUACAGUCACAUGUGGUGUUGUACAAUAUGUGGGAGAGGAGCAGUUCUGUGUUUCAUGGACACGACACACAAGAAGCCACAUAAUCAAAGCUCUUUCCUAAAAGAGAAUCAGUUUACUCAGAAGAAACCAUCAAGAUGAAGCUUGUGUGGAGAGGAGUCGAUCCUCAUGACCGUGCUCCUCACAUUUCUGUUUGCAGCAGUAUUUCUCUGAAACAACUGUGAGCCUCCGAAUCUUCAGAGCGAGUCCCUCGUUCAUACACAUGUGUUUGGCCUCUUAAAUAAUUAUGUCUUUUUAAUAUUUAUAUUCUCCACCUCAGUUAUACGAGUGUGGUCAUCCUGCCAGAUAGAUUCUUUGAUUCUCUUCCUCCAGCUUGUUCUUUCCUUUUCUAUUUUCUGUAUUGUGGGAUUGAAUCCACUUGAUAGCACUUGGCAGUGCAGUUUGUUUACCUGACAGCUAUAGCCACUGUGCUGUCAUUAAAAUGCAGAAUGAACUUAUAUAACUUAUAUGAAAACAUAAAAUAUUCCUUUGAUUGUCUUUAGACUGCAUCUGGAAUUCACAG